ACGAUCCGCAAGCUACGGGGGUAAGAUGAUCGUUGACUUUGAAUUCGGACAGCUUGAGAUUGUCUUGUGAUUCAUUAAUUAUUUUCAUAUACUCCAUGUUAUGUUGUAAAUGCUCAAAAUCUCUGCCUAUCAUUCACUACUCAGAUAAUCUCUCUUGGCAACUCUAUGGAUUCGUCGGAUUCAGAGUCGAAGCUCAUAUCACUCGUUACUCAAUUUAUAUCUCUCGACACGACUCGUUUCGGUUGGGGGAUCCCGUCACAUAUCUUUGAAAUAAUCUCUCUGCUGAGCUCAAUGGAUUUGGAUUCGAUGCCGAAGCCGGAGUCGGAGCUCAUGUCAGUCACAAGUCAAAUAAUCUCUGUCUUCAACUCAAUGGAUCUGAAUUCCCAGCCGGAGGCACUGUCCAAGGUCAUAUCACUCAUUACUGAUCGCGUGAAUGAUACAGAUUCGGAUUCCGAUAUCUAUUUGGAUUCAGAUUUUGAAGACUAUAUUGCGGUUAUAUUGAAUCUCGAGCCGGAGCCGGAGCUCCUAUCACUCAUCUAUCAAGUAUUCACCCUCGUCAGCUCUAUGAAUUCAAAGUGGGAGAAGCUUAUUUCUGUACGCCCUCAAGUAGUACACAGAUUGGGAAGAGACAAAAUUUAUAUGAAUGAUGAACAAGUCUCGUGUAGAAGGUAUAACAAGUGGGCGUGUCUCCCUAAAAACUGGUUUAUGUUGUGGUUUAUGGGAGAAGACGACGAAACGCACUUUCUUUGCAGAGCUUGCGAAGGCCAGAACCAUAAAGAACAUAACAACGCUCCAGUUGAGAUCAAACACCAUCUUCAUCCCAAGCACUCACUUCUGCUUGUCAAUAUUGAAAUAUAUCCUAGAGAGAGGAAAUGCUAUUGUUGCGACGAAGAUCUCGGAACUUUCUUUUAUCAUUGCUCGGCUUGCGAUUUCACUCUGAAUAUAGCUUGUGUGGAGAAACCACCGGUCUUAUCUAUAGACCAUCCCAAGUGGCAUGAGCAUACACUUGUUCUGUUUUCGAGAACAACUUCCUUAACUUGCGACGUCUGUGCCUUGGCCUAUUCAACAUCUCCUUUCUAUAUAUGUCCACCUUGUGGCUUUGUGGUCCAUGGAAGAUGCAUAGACUUACCACGUGUCAUAAGGAUCUCCCGCCAUCCCCAUCGUAUCUCUUUUACCCCUUCUUUUCAUCAAGGAAAUUGGUUUUGUGGUGUUUGUCGCAGAAAGAUUGAAAAUGAUUUCGGGGGUUAUUCUUGCGUUAAGUACGGUUGUUCGUAUGCGGCACAUUCAAGGUGUGCCACACAAAGCAAUGUGUGGGAUGGUGUAGAACUUGAGGGAGAGCCAGAAGAAGACAUUGAAGAAAUUCCGCCAUUUGUGAGGAUAAGUGAUGGAAUCAUACAACAUUUCAUUCAUCAGUAUCAUCACUUGCGACUUGAUGAGAAUACAUGUAGAGAAUACGACGAGGAUAGGCUGUGUCAAGCGUGCAUCACGCCAAUCUAUUUUGGCAACUUGUACUCUUGUAUGCAAUGUGGUUUUGUUCUCCACGAAAAAUGUGCAGAACUUUCUCGCAAAAUACAUCAUCCGAUACAUCCACAUAUGCUCAGUUUUGUAGCAAGAGGCAACGGCGUUAGACGUUGCUGUUCAGCUUGUCCUUGGUUAAUCACAACUGGUUUCUUCUAUCGGUGUGAGAGAGAAGAAUGUGAUUUCCAACUACACGUGCAGUGCGCCACAGUUUCAGAGCCAUUAGUCCAUGAAAGUCAUAUGCAUCCUUUAUUCCUGACAUCCAAACCAGGAGAGUGGAAAGAUUGUAGUGUCUGCAAAGAGUCAAAUUAUUCUUUGACAAAUGAAAAAUUUAAUUGCAUUGAGGAGUGUGACUUUGCUUUGUGUUUUGGAUGUGCCACAUUACCUCAAAAGGUGAGGUAUAAGUAUGAUAAGCAUAUGCUCACUCUUUCUUAUGGGAAGGAGACAAGUACCAUGACCUAUUGGUGUGAAGCUUGCGAGGGAGAAAUAGAUCCAAAGAAAAGGUUUUAUAUGUGUGAUGAGUAUUGUUGUGUCACCCUACACAUUAACUGUAUGCUUGGGGCGGACAAAUACAUGGAUCCCGGUUCAUGGUGGUUAUACAAAGGUAAGUUCGGUACAUCGUCGUAUUUGAAAGGCAACCUUGAUGGAACUUGCUCUGGUUGUAUGAAAUACUAUUAUUGA